GAACCUUUAGGUUUUGGAGACAGCGACCGCUGGGACCUGGGGCGCCCACACUGCCAGCAGCCCGGGGCGCUGAUCUCCCUCCGCCACAGGCUCCGCGCGUUGCUGAGACAGGUCAAAGGCCAUAGAAGAGAAGAUGGACUGGGGAACAUUGCAGAAGGUUUUAGGAGGUGUGAACAAACACUCCACCAGUAUUGGGAAGAUCUGGCUCACUGUCCUGUUCAUUUUCCGUGUUAUGAUCCUCGUGGUGGCUGCAGAGAGAGUCUGGGGAGACGAACAAAAUGAUUUUGUCUGUAACACUCUGCAACCGGGAUGCAAAAAUGUUUGCUAUGACUACUUCUUCCCCAUCUCUCACAUUAGACUGUGGUCCCUUCAGCUCAUCUUUGUCUCAACUCCUGCACUUCUGGUGGCCAUGCACAUUGCACACAGACGGCAUGAGAAGAAAAGGCAGCUCACAAGUGGUAAGAAAGUGGAUAUUGAAGAACUGAAUAAACAAAAGUUUCAUAUUCAGGGCCCCUUGUGGUGGACGUACACCUGCAGCAUAUUCUUCAGAAUAAUCUUUGAAGCUGUCUUCAUGUAUGUGUUUUACGUAAUGUAUGAUGGAUACCAAAUGCCUCGCUUACUGAAAUGUAGCACGUCGCCUUGCCCCAACACAGUGGAUUGCUUUGUUUCUCGACCCACUGAGAAAACAAUGUUUACUAUUUUCAUGCUUUCUGUGUCUGGGAUCUGUAUGCUGUUAAAUGUGGCUGAAAUGUGUUAUCUGGUAAUAAAAUUUUGUAUGAAAGCACCUAGGAAACCAGCAAUUUUAAAAUAGCUCCUCACUCAUCAGAAUGUUUCCCCCCCAACUUCAUCAGAAAACAGUGAUGUUUUUCAGGCUAAAUGAAAAUAAAACGUAAACAUAAAAUGUAAUUUAUUUUAAAAAUCUGAUAGCCCCCCCAUGAAACUUACUGAGUUUUUAAAGAUCUUAAAGAUCAUGGAUGUGUGCUGAAUACUCCCUUAGCUGAAUACUCGGAGACCCUGAUCCUGCAAGCUGUAGCUUUUCAAGUUUGCAACUGGUAGAAGAGUAAACCCUGCUGUGAUUCUAGUGUUAAGAAGCCAAUGGAGUGUAAUCAUUUUAAAAAGUGAUACACUUGUGUGCAUUUAGCUGUGGGAGAGGCCAGAGAGGGGAGAUCCAUACGUUCCUAGCAUAUAGCGCGUGUUGCACCAAUCACUUUCAGUCAGGGCCGGCUUUAGGACCUCCAGGGCCCGAUUCGAAUAC